AGAUUCUUUGAGUAUAUAUUGCUCUACAAAGAUGCAGUGAUGUUUCAGAUUGAACAAGUUACAAAGCUUUGCUCAAAGAUUGCUCUGACAGAGCCAUGGGAUCCAUAUGAUAUUCCUGCCAAUUCAACUUACGAAGAUCAAUACUACAUUGGGGGACCUGGAGACAAAAUUAUGGUACAGGAAUGGUCUGACAGAAAACCAGCCAGGAAGUUGGAAUCCUGGGUCGGUGUUUACACAGUCAAAGACUGUUACCCAGUACAGGAAACCUAUACAAAGAACUACAGCGUGACAACCUCCACUCGCUUUUUUGAUCUACAGCUGGGCAUUGCCGACCCCUCAGUGUUUACCCCACCCAGCACCUGCCAGACAGCCCAGCUGAGGAGGAUGAAAGAUGAAUGCUGAUUAUGGACACUGGCUACCCCAGGCAAACAAAUAUUAUCGAAGAGGAUGGUUAUUUAUAGUCAGCUGCUGACGUCUAACCUGAUUUUUCAAGCUUAUUGUUGCUCUUUUGGGAAUUGUAAGUUUUCACUUGAAGAGGAACAUAAACAUUUAACUGAGUAAAAUAUGUAACACAAAAGAUAUCUUUCAUCACAUUAAGCUGUUCAGUGAUGCACUUGCAGUUUUAUAUAGUUAACACUAAGACAAUAUUUAUAGAUAUUAUUUAUUUAAGCUGUGGAUGAUUUUCCUUUUACAAAGGUUUCAUUAUUUUUCAAGAAGAUAAAGCAUAAGCAGACUGCAAUAAUGGUAACAUCUAGAAGGAAAAGCUAGAUUCUGUUGUUGUUACUUCUGGGAACUUGAGGGAAGGGGAAAUAUGUCCUGGGUAAGGCUUCAUCCCUCACUGAAAAAUACCCCAUUUUAAAAAAUGUACAUCAAAACUGUGGGAAUUCAUUCUCUUGCUUUUGUUUUGCUUUGUGUUUGUUUCUUUCUGCCCUUCAGGAAGCUGGUAGUCUAAUGUUUGAGAUGAUUUUUUUCUUUCUGAAAAGAAACUGGAGUAGCUCUAUUCAUGUAAUGCUAGCUGGCAUACAAAAAAUACUUUUCUGUUUCUUGGGAGAAUGGCGUGAAAGGAAGGGGAGGAGGGAGAGGUAAACCCCCCAAAAAGUAAGCCAAAUUUUUCUUGCAUUUACUACACUUUUGGUGGGUGUGAUGAGACAUUUUUCAGUCAUAUUUUACUUUAGCACCCACUUUUCAAGGCAAUACUAGUUUUAACCUAUGCAAAGAGAUUAAGAGGUACUGCACUCUAAGUGGCUUUAGUAUUUUGUAACUAUUUUCAAAAGUCUUUACUCAAAGAGUAUGGAAACACCUUUAUAAUUCCAGGUAGAAAUGAAAAAAAUCCGUUCUGAGUGGGUAACUAGUAAAGGCUAAAAUCAGCAUUCACACAGUGCCUGGUGAUCUGGAUGGAGUGAAAGACAGAGCUGUGUGACCAGUGUGGGGAGGUGGGAGGAGGAAUGGGAAGGAGAGGUUUUAGACAUCCUCUGGGCGAUGUGACUGCAAGGUACUGCAGUCUGAGAAUUUACAGUCUCACUUUCUUUUGCACCCACCUUAUUGGUGCCUGCCUUAUUUGCUGUUCCGUCAUCAUCUCAAACCAUCAUCUCCACAUACUUUUCUGGUGGGCAGAGUGAAAGUUUCCUUAAAUAAAUAAAUAUAUUUAAUAAAUAACCAAAAAAGCGCAAGAAGCGCACAUAUUUUGCUUUAGAAAAUUCAAACCAAAUCUUCAUGCACCUUCAGGCCCUCAGAAGUGUGGAAUGAUGAUGGGUUUUGCACUUUUACCAAAUGAAAUGAAUUGGCUUGUUCCGUAAGCUUAGGCAUGCAUUUUAUUUAUUAUUUGCAAGUACAUUUAAAGCCAGAUUCAUGUCCUCUUGCAUGUGUUGGGUAGUUGUUUUCUCCAGAAGUUGUAUGACUGAAAACAGUGCAACACUGGGAAGUUUAGUGUCUCUGAAGGAGAGAUGCUGGGCAGGCCUUUAGUGCUUUUUAUGCUCAUAGCUUUUUGUACGUAAGCAAGUGGUACAGCAGUUAUUUUGCUUUCACAGUUGUGGUCAGAACAGCAUUCUACUUUGCCUUGUGCCUAAUGAAAGCAUAUACACAUACCUACUAAAAUUUAGGUGGUUCUUUAAAAAUUUUUUCUCGGACAUGACUAUUACACUGAAACAUGCUAGUGGAAAGAAGGAUUUGGUUUUGUUAAAUUUAGAGUUCAUUUAGCCUGUACUCGCCUUCUGUAUUUUUUGUGACAACCUAAAUGCUAACUACAUACUGUUCUCAUUAGGGUAAUUAUUAACAUGCAUUUCUUAAUAUCUGUGUCUUGUUAGAAUCUGGAAAAUAUAAUAAAUCUGGCUAACAAACAUGAA